CGUAUUUUGUAGUUGGCGAAUGAUUAAUGUAUUCACCACAGCCAAGUGAAAAACAAUUAGCUUUUCAUACACAAGAACGACCCCUGUGUGUAAAGCACCAGGGAGUCGAGUAAUACAUCAUUUCAAUACGUGAUCUAUGAGCUUUCGCAAAAUGGCGUCGUGCAUAUUUAUUGUUAUCUGACCAGCUUUAGUCAAACAUUUACCCAAAAGGUCACACUAUUAAGUUCACGUUUCGCCUGCAGCAUCCUCACAAGCGCCGAGGAGGAGUGUCCUGCAAAACAGUGCAAAUUGUGAGACUGUGAGUCCACUUGGGUCACGGGAUUAUCAAUUGGAAGGCGUCACAGUUCUGAGCACUUACCGCAGAAAGGAAUUCAAACGGGCAGCCAAUAAAUGGAAUGGAGCGAGAAGAAUUGUCGGGCGAGCAGGAACAUGCGGAAGCGUUGCAGAUGUACACCAUUGAGCGCCCAGUCUACAAUGAGGCCCACCUGCGGUCACAGCUUCUCCACCGCAAAGAGAGGACCUCUACCAUCCGACAGAAGCUGGCACUAUGGUUCCAGUGUUCGUCUCAGCGGGCAAAAGCCGCAGUUCUAAGCUUCCUGCCUAUUCUCACAUGGCUGCCAAACUACCCUGUGAAGGAAUACCUGUUCCAUGAUGUGGUCUCGGGCCUUAGCACAGGAGUUGUGCAGCUACCUCAAGGUCUUGCCUAUGCUAUGCUGGCUUCUGUGUCUCCAGUUUAUGGUCUUUACUCCUCAUUCUACCCAGUCCUGCUGUACACCUUCUUUGGCACAUCCAGACACGUAUCCGUUGGCACCUUUGCGGUAAUAAGUCUGAUGAUUGGCAGUGUUGCAGUAAGAGAGGCUCCAGACUCAAUGUUUCUUACAAUGUCUACCAAUGGCUCUAACGAGACCGUCAUUUUGGAUGUCAUGGCUCGUGAUGCCAGGAGGCUCCAAGUGGCUGUUGUGCUCACAACCCUUGUGGGACUCAUCCAGAUGGUUUUAGGUCUUCUCAGAUUUGGCUUUGUAGCGAUUUACCUCACAGAGCCUCUGGUUCGCGGCUUCACCACAGCUGCCGCCAUGCACGUAGUGAUUUCUCAGUUUAAAUACCUAUUUGGAGUGAAGACAAAGCGUUUCAGUGGGAUUCUCUCUGCAGUUUAUAGUAUCAAGGCAAUCCUCGGUGACAUCACAAGCACUAAUGUCGCCGCUCUCAUCCUGGGCCUUGUGUGUAUAGUGCUUUUGUAUGGGGUUAAACAGCUCAACGAGCGCUUUAAGAAGAAACUACCCAUUCCUAUUCCUGGAGAGCUUAUUGUCGUCAUUGUGUCCACCGGCGCAUCUUAUGGCCUGUCACUGGCAGAUAAAUAUAAGGUGGACAUUGUUGGAGAGAUACCAUCUGGGCUUCGCCUACCUGUUGUUCCAGCGUUCUCUCUCUUACCUAAUUUGGUCACUGACUCCUUCGCUAUUGCGAUUGUAGGCUAUUCCAUGGGAAUCUCUCUGGCCAAAAUCUUCGCCCUGAAGCACAACUACAGUGUGGACAGUAACCAGGAGCUGAUUGCCCUUGGCCUAUGUAACUUCAUCAGCUCUUUCUUCCAAACAUUCACGGUCACUUGUUCCAUGUCAAGGAGCCUGAUACAGGAAAGCACAGGCGGUAAAACACAGAUUGCAGGACUUCUGGCAUCUCUCUUGGUCUUGCUGGUGAUCGUCGCCAUUGGUUUUGUCUUUCAGCCCCUCCCACAGACUGCAUUGGCAGCCAUCAUCAUGGUCAACCUGCUGGGAAUGUUCAGACAGUUCAGAGACAUCCCAGUGCUAUGGAGAACCAGCAAGAUUGAAUUGGCCAUCUGGCUGGUGUCCUUUGUGGCAUCUCUGCUAUUAGGCUUGGACUACGGCCUGCUGUUGGCCGUUGCCUUUGCUUUACUGACAGUCAUCUAUAGAACACAGAGCCCAAAAAAUGCUGUCCUUGGUAGUGUUUCUGGCACAGGGCUGUACUACGAUGUGGAGGAGUAUGAAGAGGCAAUGGAAUGUGAGGGAAUUAAGAUUUUCCAGUCCAACUCUUCAAUCUACUUUGCCAACUGUGAACUUUAUGUGAACACCCUCAAAGAGAAGACAGGUAUAGACCCAGAACACUUACAAGCUUCCAGAAAAGUUCAGAAAAAAGAAAAGGAGAAGGCAAACCUCAACCUGACGCUAAAGGACAAGGAACAAGGUGUCACCCAUGAGGUUUUGUCCUACAACGUGGAAGAAGAGCAGAAAAACGGCCAACUGAGAGACGGAAAUACUGAGUCAGACACUGAGGACGCGGUCUUCCUUCGGUCUGUCGGUGGCGUCCACUCCAUCAUCCUGGACUGGACACCCGCUAGCUUUAUUGACUCUGUGGGAGUGAAAGCCAUUAAACAGGUAAUCAAGGAGUUUGCUGCAGUGGAUGUUCGAGUUGUCAUAGCUGGCUGCAACAGAACUCUUCUAUCUCAGCUUGAUGAGUUGCAGUUCUUUUCCGGAAUCAUCAGCCCUGAAAUGGUGUUCCCCACCCUCCAUGACGCCGUGUUGGACUGUCAACACUCGGUACCCGCCCUGUGCCCCAACAUGGGACCGCUGUGAUGAUGGUUUAGACUGGAUAGAGCAGUUAUUGCACUGGUGAAUGUUCUUUUGCACUUUUAAGCAGCGCUCCAAAGGAUGAUGAGCUUGUUAAAAACGUCCCAAUCGCAGAAAGUCUUGUCAGGAUUUGAAUGAAACAUUCGACAAGUUACUAUACUUCUUGUUACUGCAGUGUUGCCUUGUGAUUGUGUAUGCUGUUGUGUGGAACCCAGACUAGCUGACAAAUGUCAACAUUAGCGACACCAGCCAUUGCUGUACUUGUGACUUUCACCACAGACAUUAGAUAUUUUAUGCUCUUAUCUAACGUAACUGCUGCAGUAAUUUUGUUGCAUGGCUUGACCUCAAAAAUAAAGCUUUCGUACUGGUGCAAAUCUUUUUUCCAGUGGCUAACAAGCUACAAAAAGGUAAUUCAAUCAGACCUUUAUGUACUGUAUGUCGCAUCAAGCAAGUUGCAACACAGUGUGGCCACAUUUUAGUUGCUGUGAUAGAAUCCAGGUUAAUAUUGCCAUUUUAUUUUGAAGCUUUGAACAGGAAGUCAAUGCACAUUUCAAUGCAGUGUAUUUCACACUACCUAGCGUUAAUGAUAGUUAAUACAGUACAUAUAAACUGAAACAUUCUUCUUAGAAACAAACCCUUUGCAUUUUUUAUUUAAUGUCUACAAAAGCGGUCUUGUUUUGUUGACUGAAGCCAGCAUUUUUUAAGAAACCGAACAUGGACCACGACUUGAAGAGCUGGGUCGCCAAAAAUGCUGCAACACUUUUAAGUAAAUUUUCUAUAUUGCUUUUCCUCAAGUGUCACAUAAAUGCUGGAGACUAUCCCAGCUGACUUUUGGUGAAAUGUCAGUUUUCUUAUUUUGACAAACCUUUCACAUUUUUUAAAUGAACAAUCAUGGGACUAUAUUUUGGAAUAAACUUUUAUUUUUAAAUGGCAAAAAGACAA